AGUUCAAUGCGUUUGUUAAAAUAUACUGACCUUGAAUGUAUGACAUAUGUAUAGUUUGAUUUUGACGUUUGAGAGUUUCAUUUAUAGACUCGUCCGCCGAAUAGGAAAAUCAGCAUGAUUUACCUUGCCUUAUUUAGAUGACUAUUGCAGGCAAACACCCUUGAGUUUGAAAAUGACAACGAGUUUUUACAUUUGUUUUCUUGGUGUUGGAUUACAGCUUAUUAAUGCCCAGCAACUGCUGAAUGUUCCAAGUAAACUGUCAGAACUAGCUGCCAAACUACAUCACGAUAAAGACAUCCAGAAUGAUAUUAACAUACUUGCACGUGAUGGUCAGCAGGUUGCAAAUUCGUUCAAACGAAUGCUAGAAGCUGAUGGUAGUAAAAUACUCACGGAGAAAAAUCGCCUUGUAAAGACAAGUAAUCCAACAGACGUGGAAGUAGACACCUUAAGAAAAACAUUAAAAGCCGCAAGAGACUCUCUGACAUCCAAACAUAAAGAUAUAAUUACACUGGAAAAAGACAUUCACAUUAGCAUAGCAACUUGCAACGGUAGAAAGAAACAACAUGACACAGAAAGGCAGACUACAAAUCUAAAACUUGAAACAAUCCCAAAGGAAAUUGCUAGCUUAAAUGAAAAGAUAAAAGCACAUGAUGACAGCAUAGGCACUUAUGAUAAAAGUGCCCAAGACCUAGAUAAUCAAGCAGAAAAUCUAAGAAGGGCAGCGAGGAAGAAGAAAAGGAAGGGUUUGUUUGGUGGCUUAGUUGGUGGUAUUGUUGGCGUUGCUCUUGCACCGUUUACAGGCGGGGCAAGUUUAAAAAUUGCUGCAGCUGCAGCUGGAAUUCAUGCUGGUGUAAAUCUGAAUGACGCUGAUGAUUGUAAUAGAAAUGCCCGACGUCUCAGAGAUGAAGCAACGUCGAAGCGGCAACAAGUACAAACCUUAAGAUCAAAACGAGAUACGCUGGAGGUAGAGAAACGGACUUUAGAAUCUCAAAUCAGAACCCUCCAGACAAGUUCAGAUGAAUUACAAGAUGCGGCUGGUGGAUUACAAGAGGUAAGCGAUUACCUUCGUUCGUCAGUCAACGUCAUCAAUGAUUUACUGCGAGCAAUUGAGAACAUGGAUACAGCGAUGAAAGAUGCAGAACUGCAGAGUAACUCCUUUGUGAUAAUUCAGAAUGCGUUUGCUCGUUAUCCGGAAACUUUAGGGGCCAAGUCACAGCCUUAUCUUGAUAAACUUAAGGAGAAAUGGACACGUCUUGAGAACAUACUUGUGCAACAUGGGGCGAAAGAAAGUCUGACCUAGGUGAACGUUUUGUCAAAUGUCGAAAUUGUAAAAUAUUUGAAACAUUUCAUCGUAUAAAUGCUCUUUGUGAAAUAAAAAAGACCUCGUGCAAUUAACAAUACAAAAAUACGUUAAAUUUCUUUUCUUUUAUUUGAUCUUGUGGGCGAUUGUGAGAAAUGUGUGUUCAGAUGACAAACUACAAAAACAUUUGUGAAUAUAUUUACCUUCUGAUAUUAAAGAUUAACUAAUCGAACAAAA